AUGCCGGGCCGUCUGAUCCCCAACUUUGUUCGGGGCUCUGGCUCCCUGCACUCAUCUGUCUCAUCGACUCCCAUCCACUCCAAUUCGUCAUCGACCACCUCCGUCAAUGAGAUCCCACACCCCAAGAAGCCGGCGCAUCGCGCAGACCGAGCCCGCUCUCCCGAGCGUCGCCUCUCUUUCAACAUGGACCACCUGAUCCACCCCCACCGAGACCACAGCAAGGACAAGCGCCGCAGCCUGGGACGCGCCGGCCGAUCUAAGGAGCGCCUCGGCAAGGAGGAGCUGGCUAAGCCUUCCGCCAAGCUGGAGGUCUUGGUCGAGUCUCCUCCUUUGGUCUGCUAUGGCAAUCCAAGCAACUCGACUGGUGCUCUGUUCUCUGGUCGUCUGCGAGUGACUAUCCCUGAGAGCGCCGGCGAGGUCAUCCUCAGCCAGUUCGAUGUGCGCCUCAUCUCGAAGAACACCACCAAGAAGCCCGUCUCCAGCCACUGCCCUAGCUGUGCUACUCGCACUGAGGAGCUGGCCCGCUGGAAUUUCCUCACGGAGAACCUUCGCCUGAAGCCUGGCCAGCACGACUUCCCUUUCAGCUACCUGUUCCCUGGUAACUUGCCUGCCUCGUGCAAUGGCGCCCUAGGCCAAGUGGAGUAUUUCCUGCUGGCUCACGCCCAGAGCACCAUCGGCGAGGAAUUUAACCUGAAGCUGCCCCUCAACGUCCGUCGUGCCCUGAUUCCCGGCAACGAUAAGUCUUCUAUUCGCAUUUUCCCUCCUACCAACCUGACUGGCCGGAUCGUCCUACCUUCCGUGGUUCACCCCAUUGGAAGCUUCCCCGUAGAAAUGACUCUGAGCGGCGUGGUGGACAAGGGCGACGAGACCCAGACUCGCUGGCGCCUGCGCAAGAUGAUGUGGCGCAUCGAGGAACACCAGAAGAUCGUCUCCACUGCCUGCCAGAAGCACGCCCACAAGAUUGGCGGCGAGAACAAGGGUGUCCUGCACCAGGAAACCCGCAUCAUCGGCCACAACGAGGAGAAGACCGGCUGGAAGACCGACUUUGACACUGCCGGUGGUGAAAUCACCAUGCAAUUCGAUGCUAGCAUCAACCCCACCACCAACCCGGUCUGCGAUAUGGAGGCUCCCGGUGGCCUCGAGGUCAAGCACAACCUCGUCAUUGAGCUCAUCGUCGCCGAGGAGUUCUGCCCCAACCGCAACACCCGCUUGAUCACUCCCACCGGCGCUGCUCGUGUCCUGCGCAUGCAAUUCAACCUCCACGUCACCGAGCGCAGUGGUCUCGGUAUCAGCUGGGACGAGGAAAUGCCUCCUGUCUACGAGGACGUCCCUGCCAGCCCUCCCGGCUACUUCAGACUGGACGACGCCCGCAGCGUCAUGGAGGACUACCAAGGCUCUCCCCUCCCUCUCCCCGAAUACGACGAGCUGGAGCGCAUGGAGUCUCUGCGUCUGGACAGUGACUCAACCCACUCUUCCGCGAACUCCACUGCCAACUCCACCUCUAACCGCGGCCGCAUGCGCUUCACAGUUGACGACUUGGUCACUGAGCAGACCCCGCCUCCCUCUGAGCCUACCUCCCGCGUUGCCUCGCGCGCUCCCUCAGUGGACUCUUCCCGCCAAUAA